UAGACCUCCGGCACGGUUUGUCUCUUAGUGCUAUCCGUAGUUUAAAGUCCGCUCGGAUCUGUUUGGAAAGGGCUUUUGUCAAGUUUGUUUAGUUUUGCUUCGAUUUUGAUCUGCGCCAAUGGCCAAGCCACCACCCUCGAUGGAACAGUACUACGUAGGUGUGGAUGUGGGUACGGCGAGUGUGCGGGCCGCCCUUGUCGCUCGGGAUGGCUUGGUGAAGGCAACUGCGGAGGAGCCCGUUCGCAUCUGGCAGCCGGCCCCUGACCGCUACGUCCAGUCCUCCGAUGACAUCUGGGACCGGUGCUGUCGUGCUAUCCGGAGGGUGACUCAGGGUGUCGAGAAGAGCCAAGUCCGAGGGAUGGGCUUCGAUGCCACCUGCUCGCUCGUGGUUCUGGACAAGCACUUCCAGCCUGUGGCCAUCAAUCAGGAUGGGGUACAGGAGCAGAACGUGAUGAUGUGGAUGGACCACCGUGCUUCAGAGCAGGCAGCCCAUAUCACCAGCACAGGCCACCAGGCUUUACGACGUGUAGGAGGGGUCAUGUCCCCAGAGAUGCAGCCUCCAAAGUUGCUUUGGCUCAAAGAGAACUUGAGGGAGACUUGUUGGAAACAAGCAGCCCAUUUCUUCGAUCUCCCAGAUUUCCUCUCUUGGAAGGCUACAGGCUCCCUGGAAAGGUCACUCUGUACCCUGGUCUGCAAGUGGACCUACUGUCCUCAAGAAGGAUGGGAUACUUCCUUCUGGGAAGCUAUUGGCCUAGAGGAUCUGCUGACUGACAACUGCUCAAAAAUAGGUGCAUUAACCUGCUGCCCAGGCACAUCCCUUGGGGAGGGGCUUUCUGCACAGGCUGCAGCUGAAACCCAGCUGAAAACGGGCACAGCAGUGGCAGCAUCCCUCAUCGAUGCUCAUGCCGGAGGACUCGGUGUAAUAGGUGCAGAUGUGAAGGGCCUCUCCCUACCCUGUGAGGAUCAGCCAAUGACGUCCCGUAUGGCUGUUGUUUGUGGAACAUCAUCUUGCCAUAUGGGGAUCAGCCAGCAGCCCCUAUACGUGCCUGGAGUGUGGGGUCCCUACUUCUCCGUCAUGGUUCCAGGCCUGUGGCUGAAUGAAGGGGGACAGAGUGCCACUGGAAAACUGAUUGACUUCAUGGUGGAGGGACACGCCGCCUUCCCCCAGCUCAAGAUCCUGGCAGAAAAAAGUGGGGAAGGGGUCUACUCUUACCUGAAUAGACAUCUGGAGACCAUGGCUGGGGAUUCUGGCCACCUGGGCACACUAGCAGCCAGCCUGCAUGUCUGGCCUGACUUCCAUGGCAACCGGUCUCCCCUGGCAGACCCCACCCUGAGGGGGAUGGUCGUUGGGCUGACGCUCUCCCGCACGGUGGAUGACCUGGCUCUGCUGUACCUUGCCACCGUGCAGUCCAUCGCCCUGGGCACCAGGCACAUCCUGGACACUAUGCAGGAGACGGGACAUGACAUCAGAACCCUGUUCCUCUGUGGCGGACUGAGUAAGAAUGCUCUCUUUGUGCAGACGCACGCCGACGUCACAGGCCUGCCUGUUGCGCUGCCCUUUCAGACAGAGGCCGUGCUGGUCGGUGCCGCAGUCCUGGGUGCCUGUGCCUCUCGCGACUAUUCCUCCAUCCAGGAGGCGAUGCAAAAGAUGGCAAAGGUGGGGAAAGUGGUCCAGCCAAACCUUGAGCAUCUGAGUUUCUACAAUAAGAAGUACAGAGUGUUCCUCCGGCUGGCUGCUCACCAGAGGGAAUACGCUGCUCUGAUGCAGGACUGACAUCAGGGAGCACGGCCGAGGGCGUUCCGGGGAACUGUCUUCGAUCGAGAUCCUGCGAGGGAAGGAGACAGAGCUUAGUUUGAAAAGGCUGUGGAUGUGAGUAUAGGUUUCACAGUAAUAAUGAGGUGCAGUAAAUUCUCCAAAUUUGUUUGUGAUGAAAACUCGGUGAACAAACCGUACACUUUUGUAGGGACUCAGUGGUUUUCAGCCCUGAUCCUGGCCUGUGACCCAAUUUUGCAACUGACUUCUAGCAGUUUACUGAGAGAAUGCAAAAUUAAUACAGAAAAUAUGUACAGUGCUGUAUAUAGACACACUGUAUAUAUUGUGUCUGAUAAAGCUGAAUUCAAGCUAUUCAUAGUUCAUAAAUGAAACUCAUUAGUACUUAAACAUCUUCCUAAAUAACAGUAUAUUGGUAUUUUUGAAUUCUAACAAUUGUCAGCAGUGUACCUUACAAGGUAGAAAGGAGUACUGCCCGUAUUCUGGUGUGGAAUUGUUAGUGUACUGCUGUGAUUGUUGUCCGUGAAUUUUCAGCACAGACAGAUAUAAAAUGUCUCAUGACAUUCCUUAUCUGUUGUCCUCUGAAUUUUUUUUUGAGAGUCCUUGAUCACCAGUGUGAAAUUUAACAAAGUUUAACAGAUGACAGGACUUUACUCUUUAUGGUUGAACAUGAGAACCAGAUCAUUCACACCACUGCUCUCAGAUUGAACAGGUUUCCUGGUUCGAUCAUGGCUCUGUCAAAACAACUAAUGCCGUGAACUGGCAUAUCAAAGCCUUCACUGCUGGAAUCAUUAUAUGUAGCCUGAUUUCAGGUGACUGAACAUGUUAAGCAUGUGUAAAACUCAUUUUUAUCAGCUCACACUUCAACCUCAUGGCUUUGAGGGUAAUUUUUGACCAGGUUUUAACACCAUUUUUUUUGGUUUGCAUAUAUGUCAGAUAUUUUUCAUAACAAGUACAUGAUGGUGGUCUUAGAGGGAACCAGUCCAUGUGUUACCGAAAGCCUUGUGUUAGUCCCUGUCAAGUAAAACACGGUUUUGUAAAUCAGUUGUCCUCCAGUCUUCUCACUCUGCCACAUGGCGUUUGUAUUCUUCAAAAUGUUACUUAACUUGAAUCCCAACAAGUCCCUUAAAGUUAUUUACAAGUAACUAAUAAACAUCUGGACCAAGAUUAGAGAUUCUUGCUUUAGAGUAGAUCUUUUGCUAGUUAUUUGUGGAUGAC